GGACGCGAGCGCUCGAAUGCCAAAUGGCGCAGUGCGCCUGAGCAAGAAAGAGAGGAAGUGGCGGCUGAAGCAGCUCCGCACCUUUUCCGGUAACAGCGACAGCAGCACGACCGGGAUCGAGAGAGCGACUGGAGAGGACCAGAAGGGAGCGAGCCGGAGCGCGCGAGAGGGGGCUGUUACAUGAGGGACGGAAGAGGGGAAACUCAGGAUGAAUGACUGACGUCUGGAGGGUUUUAGUGACCGAACGAACGAUCAGAAGCGCGUCUGAAGGGAAUGAGCGCGAAAACAAGACGAGAAGGAAGUCUGAGGAACCCAGUAAGGCCUGUCACGGAUCUACACGAGUAUCGUAUUAGAUCGAGUUUACCUGGUUUCUGAGGAAAGAAGGAGGAACGAGUACGCUGUACGAGUGUUGCAAAACCUACCAAAAACUUGCUUUCCUCUUCCCGCAACAAACAAUAUAUGCACCGCAAAGAAGAUGGGGAAGAUGCUUUCGAAGAUCUUUGGCAACAAGGAGAUGAGGAUAUUGAUGCUUGGACUUGACGCGGCGGGGAAGACCACGAUCCUUUACAAGCUGAAGCUGGGACAGUCGGUCACCACCAUCCCGACGGUGGGCUUCAACGUGGAGACCGUCACGUACAAGAACGUCAAGUUCAACGUGUGGGACGUGGGCGGUCAGGAUAAGAUCCGGCCGCUGUGGCGACACUAUUACACCGGCACCCAAGGCUUGAUCUUCGUGGUGGACUGUGCGGAUCGCGACCGAAUCGACGAGGCUCGGCAGGAGCUGCAUCGCAUCAUAAACGACCGUGAGAUGCGCGACGCCAUCAUCUUGAUCUUCGCCAACAAGCAAGACCUCCCGGAUGCCAUGAAGCCGCACGAGAUCCAGGAGAAGCUGGGUUUGACUCGGAUCAGAGAUCGCAACUGGUACGUCCAGCCCUCCUGCGCCUCGACGGGCGACGGACUCUACGAAGGGCUCACGUGGCUCACGUCCAACUACAAAUCCUAACGCGCGUGGCGAAGACGCGCCCAACUAGAAGCAAUUAACCAAUAACUCUGGCUUCUGUCAGUAAACCUCGGUUUCGUUCUCCAUCUUUGAUUUCGUUGACAUGUAACCCGACUUUUCUUUCGUACGCCCAUUCUGUAGUCCCCCGUUUGCGUUGUAAUGUCCAUAAAGUGUUACUUUCAAAAGCCAUGGGUUGGUUUUGACAGGAAAAAUAAAAAGGGUUUUUGUGUCUGAAGAUCUGGUUUGUCUGUCCAAAAAUGGCAGCUUGUUUGUUUACCUUCUGUGCCAUCAUCACGUUUAACGAAUGUAUCUGGAAAUAAACGCAAAAACGUUCCGUGAAGAAACUGUCCCCGAAGGAGCUUUCGAUUGAACAUCCACACAUCGUUCUUGGCCUUUUCUGGAGGUGCUCCACUAAAGACGUUGAGAAGCCAGGAACGAAGAAUGAAAACCGCAUCAUCUUGAGUGUUUCCGAUCUAAUCCAGCCGUCGGAACCCGGUUCUAUCACGGUUCUGACUCUCCUCAAACUGCACAAAUCACACCAAGCCUCUUUCUCGCUUACUAAAUUAAUGCUUUGUUCUAUUAUUUUGACAUUUGUUAUGCUGAAGAAAUAAUAAAAUCUAUAUAUAUAUAU